AUGGCGGAAGGAAUAAUUAUCGAGGUUAAAAGCGAUAAAAAAUACGUAAUUGAUACGUUAUUGUGUUAUAUUUGGUAUGUUCGAAACCAGAUAAAUGAAAAAGAAAUGAAAACUUCUCUUUGCGAAUUUUUUGAAGUUGACGAUGUAAAAAAAAGUGCAAAGUUUUUGCAUCAUGAAGCCAGCACAUUAUCGCUCAGCCUGCCGAAGUUUUCCGAAGACGUUGACAAGAAUAAAAUGUGGGACGAAUUUCUUAGUAUAUGUCGGCUAAUUUUUGAAACUAAAGUCGAAGACAAAUUUCCCUGUUUUCUCGCUGAUGACUUGUGGAAAGUUACUAAUUGUGACAAUAGAUUCGAGAAAUUGUCAGCUGAACAGGUGAGGUUGCAAAAAAGUGUUAUUCAAAAUAGUCCGGGCGUUCUGGAAUUUCUUAAAGAACAUGGCAAUAUACUGAGUGAUGUCCAAAAAAAGGUGAACAGUAUCGUGUGCAGUGAUGUAUGUGCUGAUGGAGAUUCAGAUGUUGAGACAUCAGUCGCUAAAAAUUUGUCUGACAUUGCUGAAGAAGGUAACAAUGAUGAUGGAAAUUUUAUAACAGUCAGACGCAAGAAAAGAAGAAACAUUUUACUAUCAACUAAUACAAGUCCAUGUUGUCAUGCAAUAUCAAAGACCACUGUUGAACCUCAUAGGCCUACGCAAUAUAAAAUAUCAGCUAGUAAAAGGAGAGAUGACAAAAUAAAACUUGAUGAAACCCACCCUUCUACGUCAUUCCGGUUGUGUGUAGAUGAGAAGUAUGCGGAAAUAGUUGAAAGAUCAAGUUCUUGGCCUGAUUAUGUUCAGGUUAGGAAUUGGGUUUUCAAUAACAACAGCAAAAGAGGCAGCACCAGAAAUGCCGAUGUCAAUGUCAGGACAUGUUCUGAUGUGAAACGAUGA